UCGUUUCCUUUCCGUCCACAGAAAAACCAACCUCUGCACUAGAAGUCUAGAACACUCGAAAAGAGAAACGAUUUAACGAACCAUGAUGUCUCUCAAACCCUCAACUCUCCACCCUCAUCUUCUGCCACUAUGCAACACCCAAUUCCCUCUUUCACUCCCACAAAGCCACAGUCUCCCAAACCCACUCUUAACCAACAAGCGCAUGCCCAUUCACCCGCGUCUCGUCUUAGCCAAAUCUCCCAAUUCGGAUCGCUCCCCGCGGAAAACUGAGGAAGAGAAAAUGACCCACGAAGGGUCAGUCACCGAGUCGCUCCCCAACGGCAUGUUUCGGGUUCGCUUGGACAACCAAGACACGCUUAUCGGUUACAUUUCCGGUGCUAUCCGAAAGAAUUACAUUCGUAUACUCCCUGGUGAUAGAGUCAGGGUCGAGGUCAGUCGCUACGACUCGUCCCGAGGCCGCAUAACCUACCGACUCCGCAACACCAAAGAUUAGAAGUUCUUCCUUUGUUUGUUUGUGUUUUUUUUUUUUUUUGGUAUAUGUUUAUUUCCAUAUGUGGAUUCCUCACUUUGUUAUGUUAGCGUUUUUAUCAAUUCUGUCAAUUAUUCUCUUUCUGGUUA